CUUUGAGCGCUUGUGAAUCACCGUCGAGAGGCGGAAGCCACGUGUGCUCAACUUUAUAUCCCAGCAUUCCUUUUCCUCCUUCCUCUUUCGCCCUCAGCAGCUAUGUCUAAGAGAGGACGUGGUGGGUCAUCUGGAGCCAAGUUCCGCAUCUCGCUGGGUCUCCCAGUGGGAGCAGUCAUCAACUGCGCGGACAACACAGGAGCCAAGAACCUGUACAUAAUCUCCGUCAAAGGCAUCAAGGGACGCCUGAACAGGCUGCCCGCCGCAGGUGUGGGUGACAUGGUGAUGGCCACAGUGAAGAAAGGCAAGCCAGAACUCAGGAAGAAGGUGCAUCCUGCGGUGGUCAUACGGCAACGGAAGUCGUAUCGACGAAAAGACGGCGUGUUCUUAUACUUUGAAGACAAUGCGGGGGUCAUAGUCAACGUCAAAGGGGAAAUGAAAGGUUCUGCCAUCACGGGACCUGUUGCCAAGGAGUGCGCUGAUCUGUGGCCCAGGAUUGCCUCAAACGCUGGCAGCAUUGCCUGAUGUUGACCCUUGGCUUGGUUAUUUUCAAUAAAAACACAGUCGAUAAAAAGUCAAA